AGACUCUCGCGAGGGUUGUCUCAACAGAGGGGGGAGAGAAGAGAUACACUGAGAAAAACCGACCGAGCUGAGCGAGCACGCAAGCGAUAGACAGCAGAGGAGAGAGAGGGAGAGGAAAGCCGUCCGAGAAGUGGCUGGGUGUGACGUCACGAGUUUUCCUGAAAGUCAACAACAAGCUGCAGCAGCACAGCGGCGGUGCCAGGGGCUAGGAGGAGCUGCAGCCGCUUCCCUUUAUUAUUAUUAGAAGCAGCAGCAGCAGCAGCAUCACCACCGCCACCAUUCGAGUUUUUUUUUUGUGUGUGGCUGGGGUUUGCGAUAUUAUUAUUCUCGCUUAGGAAAGACGCGAGCGUUACGGAGGCUGCCGAGGGGGGAACCCACUCGUCUCCCCAUCACUGCCUGUGCAGGCUGAGUCACUUCUGGAGAGUGGGAAGGGCCGCAGAGAUCAAGAAAAAAAAAGAGAGGGAGGAGAGAGCCUGAGAAGCAGAGCUGGUUGUCCGCAGAGGAGCAUUUCUCUGAGCUCGGGGCUCAGAGGGGAGCCAAAAUGAGCGAUGUUACCAUUGUUAAGGAAGGCUGGGUGCAGAAAAGGGGAGAGUAUAUAAAAAACUGGAGACCAAGAUACUUCCUUCUGAAAACUGACGGCUCUUUCAUAGGCUACAAGGAAAAGCCCCAAGAUGCAGACCUACCUUACCCGUUGAACAACUUUUCAGUGGCAAAAUGCCAGUUAAUGAAAACAGAACGACCAAAGCCGAACACAUUCAUCAUCAGGUGUCUACAGUGGACCACUGUCAUAGAAAGGACUUUUCAUGUCGACACUCCAGAGGAAAGGGAGGAGUGGACGGAGGCUAUCCAGACAGUAGCAGACAGACUCCAAAGACAGGAAGAGGAGCGGAUGAACUGCAGUCCCACCUCCCAGAUAGACAACAUAGGAGAGGAGGAGAUGGACACUUCCACUAGCCACCAGAAACGGAAGACAAUGAAUGACUUUGACUACUUAAAACUACUGGGCAAAGGCACUUUCGGUAAAGUCAUUCUUGUAAGGGAGAAGGCAAGUGGUAAAUAUUAUGCAAUGAAGAUUCUGAAGAAAGAAGUAAUUAUUGCAAAGGAUGAAGUGGCUCAUACACUUACAGAGAGCAGAGUACUAAAAAAUACUAGGCACCCAUUUUUAACUUCUUUGAAGUAUUCUUUCCAAACUAAGGAUCGGUUGUGCUUCGUGAUGGAGUAUGUCAAUGGAGGCGAGCUGUUUUUCCAUUUGUCGAGAGAGAGGGUGUUCUCCGAGGACCGCACACGCUUUUAUGGGGCUGAGAUCGUCUCUGCUCUCGACUAUCUACACUCCGCCAAGAUUGUGUACCGGGAUCUCAAGCUGGAAAAUUUAAUGCUAGAUAAAGACGGCCACAUCAAAAUCACAGACUUUGGACUUUGCAAAGAAGGAAUCACUGAUACUGCUACCAUGAAGACAUUCUGUGGCACACCGGAAUAUCUGGCUCCAGAGGUGCUGGAAGAUAAUGACUAUGGACGUGCGGUAGACUGGUGGGGCUUGGGCGUUGUCAUGUAUGAAAUGAUGUGUGGUCGACUGCCUUUCUACAACCAGGACCACGAGAAGCUCUUCGAACUUAUUCUUAUGGAGGACAUCAAAUUCCCCAGAACCCUUUCUUCUGAUGCAAAAUCCCUACUUUCAGGGCUCCUCAUAAAAGAUCCAAAUAAAAGACUUGGCGGUGGUCCAGACGAUGCAAAAGAGAUCAUGCGGCACAGUUUUUUUGUUGGGCUAAACUGGCAAGAUGUGUAUGAUAAAAAGCUUAUACCUCCAUUUAAGCCUCAGGUGUCCUCCGAGACAGACACAAGGUAUUUUGAUGAAGAAUUUACAGCACAGACGAUUACAAUAACUCCUCCGGAAAAAUUCGAUGAAGACGGAAUGGACUGCAUGGAUAAUGAGCGUCGGCCGCACUUCCCCCAGUUUUCCUACUCUGCCAGUGGAAGGGAAUAGGAGUCCACUGCAACAGUGCUGCUUCACCUUCGUUCAAGGUUAUCACUGGAAACUGGUCCUCCGCAUUACCACCGGAUCCUGUCACUACUUCAGUACUUGAGUUUUGAGUUUUUCAAUUUGGUUUUCUUUUUGACAGGAAAAAUCAUCAGGCGUGCUUUUUGUUUGUUUUUUUUUUUUUUCUGGGUGGAUACACGAGGAGCAGUGUCACUCUGAGGCCUCAAAUGAUGAUACCUCCUACUGUCUGGACAUUAUUGGCAACUGCAAAGAGCAUUUUUGUAUGUUUUGUUUGGUUCUUUUUCUUUUCUGAAAGCCGUUGAAAUUCCUGUUAGGGAAUGAAAACACUGUCUUGCACAUAUACUGUCAUUUAUUUGCAUUUCAGAUUGUAAAAAAAAAAAAAAAGCAACAGCUAAUUUGAAAAAAAGCCCUGAAUUGGAAAUAGUAAGAGGGGUACUUAUCCUUUUGAAGGCUAAGAGAACCCAUUCUGAGUUUUAAAUUACAUACACUGCCAAUGGGAGUUUUUUUUUUUAUUUGUACUAUUGUAUUCUUUUGGGCUGACUGUAGCAGGCACAGUAUUUUUUCCUUUGGUGAUGAAUUUAUCCUGCGCUUUUUGUUAGACAUAUCAUUGCUAGAUGAAGCAAUAGUGUGUUAUUGUUUUAAUAGCUGACUGACAAAAAAUGGCAACAUACAAAAACAAUUAUAAUUAUGUCAGUUUAAAGUAUAUGGAUUCUAACUACUGGUGAUACUCCAUUCUGUUAGCAAGAGUAGCUGGCAGCUCCACUUCAAUCUAAGUGCAAUCACACGAUGUAUAAAAACUUACAACCAUAGUAAGCUGUGGGAAGAAUCGGGAAAGGCACUGUUAAAAACUAAAAAAGAUUUUCGAAAGAUAAAAAGGGUCUUGAAAUAGGAUUUAUUGUGUUUGCUUUUAGUUUAUUUUGUUUUUUAAAUGUAUAAUUACUAUUAUUUUUAUUAUUAACGUCCAGUUGUUUGUUCUGGGUCAAAAGGCACCUCUGGUGGCUGAAGAAUGUAGAAUGUUUUUUUUUUUUUGAUUACCAAAAUGUAGGGGGAACCCUACGGCCGAUUACUUCAAAGUCUUCUCUUUACCGUUGUAGUAUUUAUUUUUAAUAUUGAGAAAUAUUGUAUAUGUUGUUUUGGCAGGCUUCUGCUAUUUUUAGUUUUUUUACUGCAGGUUUUUCAAAAUUGAGACUUGGCAGAAAUGUUAAAACACUUGAUUUGUUAAAACAGUAAAAGGGCUGUACAAGCUGGCAAUCCUUCAAAAAAAGAAAAAAGCACUUUUGGUUGGCCUGGUUACGUUUAUAAAACUGGGCUGGCCAAUCUGAAGUUUAUAUGUAAAUACUGUAGCAUGACACUGAUAAGGCUGGUUAUUAAGACUGUUUAGUACCCACCAUUCCUAAUUUAAAGCUCUCAACUGCAGCGCUUUCUCUGCUGCAGGAUUAGUCGGAUUUGGCUUUUCUAUUUUAUGUGGGGCAGAGGUAGAUGUAUAGGUCCUUUUGAAGGCUUAGCAUCCCAAUGAAAAUGUUUUAUCAGGUGCAGUACCAGCUAGGCAUUGGGGUUGUUGGAAGUAGAAGAAAUGUCAAGCAUAGUUACUGUUUAUCCAAUUAUGGUUAUUCCAUAGGGGCUUGCAUUUCAGGCCCUUCAAACCCUGCAGAAUAACCACUUGCUUUCAGAGCUGAGACACUCGCUACUAAAAUGACCAAAAAAAAAAAAAAAGUUGUCUAUAUAUUAUAUUUGGGUAAGACAGCUGGGGUGAUCUAGAAGUCACCAAGGCUACUACCUAUAGCCAGUAGAGGCAUAGGCAGGUGGUUUUAGCACAAGCAAAGGACAUUUUAGUUCAAACCCCAGCUCAAAGUCAUUGCCUCCUCCUGCCUCAGACCGCCAGAAGAAGGCAAGAUGUCAAAGUGCGAGCAAGACCAUUACCUCCAAGAUACUGUACAGCAUUUCAGGUGUUUUUUUUCGCCAUUGCAUUAGUUAUAACAAAAGGGCAAAUAUAUACUGAAACAUGGUGAAUUCAUUGAAAAAUAGAAGGGGUAGAAAUGGGUGGAAAGAAAUUUAGGUUCAGCAGUAAUUUCAAAGUCUUUAGUUUACAUACUGUACAUUACAGGUUUCUUAUAUCUAUUACAUAUGUCCUGUAUUUCCCUUAAAACACAUUAGUAAGUUAUGUUGUAGCGUCUUUCUUUGAAUUGUUUUUUGAAAUGACACGUAGAAAACCUUUAUAACCUGUUUGAUUUUUCAUAUACACACCUAUGAACAAGUUCAUUAAACAAUUAGGGUAAGAGAAAAAAAGAGCUAGACUUUAUUUGCCCCACUUUUUUUCUAAGUUCAUUUCCCCAAACUAGUAAACCACUCAUUUAGCCUCUAAAAAACAUUGUCUUUUGCAUUUCUAUUUUUGAAACAAUCCCUUUUUUAUUCGACUUUGAAAAAAGGAUUGAACUUUGCACUGGAAACAAAGCUUACUAAAUGUAGCCCAAUAUCAUCAUUGGCAAGUUGAAGAUUUCGGAGGGUUGGGAGUCAAUGCUAGGGAAAGUAAAUCUUCAUUUCCAUGCUGUACAUUGUCAAAGAUUUAACCAUGUACUUGCAGGAGAGCAUUUUACAGUUUACCAUUAUUCAUCCCAAAUGUGGCACUUUCAUUGAUUUAGUUUUUUUGGGAUUGGCAGGCCCAAGUCCUUGUUAAUCACAUUGUAUGGCAUCAGCAGCUGGGCAGGCAAGGGACAUCUCAUGAGGUUAAGGGGAAAUCAUUUUAACAUGAUGCUAGUACUAUUUAUUUAAAUAUAUCUGUAUGAACUUGCAAUACACGGUACUGUUUUAGUUUUAGAGGCAUCAUGUGAAGACAUUGAUUGUUUUCUCUCUGUGUUAACUGCUGAUUUGUUGUACAGCAAAUUGUUCUGAAAACCCUAAAAAUGUAAAUUCACUAAUUGGAUCGAAACCGGUUUUCAGAAGCAAGAAAAACAAACAUUUAAAAAAACUAAACAAAACUAGGAACUUGUAUUAAAGCUUCUGUUUGCCACAAUGAUGUUCUAUUUUAAUUAAUUGUGCACCAUUCCAUAUUUUGGCCUUCUGUGAAUUCUGAUGUAUCAGAAUGCAAGUUUUGACAAGCCAGUUUGUUUACUACCCAAUGGUAGUUUUAACUGUAAGACCACAAGCUUCAGUCUGGGAGUCAAAUAGUCAUGGUCUUGCUGCUAAAUACAUCAGUACGGUCCCAUAAAUGCUGUCUUCAUCUUCAGAAAAUACACAUUUUAUAGGGAAAACAUACAGAGCUGGUAUUUUCAACAUGGGCUGAUAAAGCUUCAACCUACCUAAAUUUAAAAGUGGUGUACACACUUUGAUAGCAAAAGAAUUGAAGCCAAGUAUAUAUUUUGCUUUUAGCUUAAUAUGUAGUACGCGGGAUACCAUUUUAAACAGGUAAACAGGGAUAUCCCACUUUAAUUGAUUAACCUAGAUUUACAUGAUGGGAUACUAAAAGCUAAGCAGUUUCUGAAAGAAACAGGGCUACGGCUGUGUUACCAGUUUUAAACAGUCAUUGAUAGAUUUUUAAUUGGCACCUCCAAAGUAAAUAGCUGAUAUGGAGAAGCAGAUAAUUCCUGCAGUCUUAACCUGCUUUGAGAAUAUUUUAGAUAUCAGUGAACAUGGACUGAAGUUUUAUUGUAUGGGAAAAGUAUGGUUGAUGAGUGAAGAAAAUAUUUUCAUAAAUGAUAGGUCCCUGCUUCUAGGGUGUUUUUUGAUACUCCUAUUGAAGCAAUGACAUGGUGAUCCACCGUUGUAGCAUUUAGUUUUGGCAACAUAAACACCAGGAUUUUGUGAUCGGCGUCAACAUAUUGUGUCACUUUGGAAGAACAGCGUGGGAAACAAAAUUCUUUCCUUUAGGUGUGCCAAGAAUUUUGGUGUUUUUUGGCAACAGAAGUAGCUCAUUUUCCAAGGUUAAGAUUUAUUUUAAAUUUACUUGUAGAUUAUUAUUUGUUUAUUUAGCAGACGCCUUUAUCCAAGGCGACUUACAGAGACUAGGGUGUGUGAACUAUGCAUCAGCUGCAGAGUCACUUGCAACUACAUCUCACCCAAAAGACAGAGCACAAGGAGGUUAAGUGACUUGCUCAGGGUCACACAAUGAGUCAGUGGCUGAGGUGGGAUUUGAACCGGGGACCUCCUGGUUACAAGCCCUUUUCUUUAACCACUGGACCACACAGCCUCCAGAUGCAGCCUACUGUUAUGUACUAUGUAGCUUAUGGAGGGAACAAAUUAGCCAAUAAUAGUGCAUAUUUCUGUUAAUUUGGGUUGCAGCUUUUGCUAGUUCAAAGAGGGUAUGAUUUAUGCAUGUUGCAGCAUUCUUUCAGGUAAAAGUUUAAGAAACUACUGUAAGUCAAAUAGAACAACGUAUUACCUGAUGGUUGAGAACAAACCUUUAUUGUGGAAACAUUUUUGAAUACUGCUUUUUGUAUAACCGGUUUGUAGUUUAAAAUUACUUCCCAUGUUCUGUUGGACACCAAGAUUCAUUAUUUUAAUUAAAGCUUAGUUUAUGGAUUUAGAUGCUCAGUUUAUGUUGGGCUUACACUAGGAUUGCUUUUUUUUAUUAUUUAUGGCACUGCUAUCCCCAUAGCAGCUUUUAAAAAACAACACAGUGGUACUUUUUAAAAAAUGCAAUAAGGAUAGGUUGUUGUUUACAAAAGAGGCUACCCUUGUAGUAAUGCUGACUUUUUGGAGUUAGGCAAUAUAACAGAUAAGUCAAAAUCAGUCUUUCCAAGUAGGUGUUGUGGGAUCAUAUAGAUUGUUAUAACCUGUCACCAUGGGUUGCCAUAUAACAAUAUAACAAUAUUGGAAGUAAGCUGACAAAGGGAAGAUGGUUGAGUAAGUUGAUAAAAAUAAUAAUUUUGGCAAGGCUAUGCAGACAGAGCUACAGCAUAUCACAUUUAACCACUGGACCAAGGUGAUUUUAAACUUUCCAUAUAAGCCACACAAUGCUGACUGUGUGUGUGGUUACUGUAUAUGUUCUGAACUAACUUCUCUGCUAUCCUGAUCACAGAGGUUAUUGUUCCCUGUAGUUAGUAUGACCUAUUUAUCCACCCCUGUUGUGGGCAUUUAACUAGUCCUUGAUUUCAACAGGCCUGCUGAGAUUUGAACUUUCAGGCUUGUUCAGUUGAAGGUGCUACAGAGAAGCCGGAGCAUGCAGAUCCAUGGGGAUAAGGGAUAUAAAGGGAUAACCAAUGCUUCUUUCAAUGCAAAAUGUUAGGUUGAGAGAAUGCACCAAGGGGAAAAGAAAGCACAAGCCAAUAGUGGCUCCAUAUUUUAUUUAUUUUUUGUAAAUUAUAAUCCCUUUCCCCAUACACCUGCCUAAUGUUUUGGGACUCUGAAAUCAAAGUUGUCUGAACAAUCUCCAGCCUACUAAAACAAAUGGUGGGUAAUGGAUUAUAAGAGACCGUUUUAGAUCUGUCUCUAGUAGGAGCACAACAGUAUAAAAUGUCUAGGAAGGUUGAUAAAUUACAGUUCCUGUGUGCAGCUGGCUGUGACAGGACACAAAGCCUGGGAUAAGUAAAGACAGGAAAGAGUGCCAGCUCGUAUGAUGGUGUUUGUUGACCCACAAUAGAUUGCAAGGACUAUUUAAAAAAAACAAAAACAAAAAAAAACUAUAUUGUGUGUGUUUUUAUUUAUUUAUUAGGACUGUGAAUAAGGCCCUUUAAUAAGUUGAAAGUAUUACUAUAAAUCAGUAUUAUUUAUAGGGCUGGUUUAAUUGACUUUUUUUUCAGCUGUGUUCUGGAAAUUUGGAACAGAACAAUAAUAAUUGUGUUUUUUGUGGUCCAUUGUAGUGGUAUUGUUAAGAUUCUGUAUUGCACAGUAGCAUUAUAUGCCAGUGCAAACCUGAUAACAUACAUUAUGAUAGCACUUAGGCUGAGGUUACCCAACUUGUGAUCUUUUCCAGUGUGUAUUUAUGGAAAAAGAAAACGUGGAGAGUUUCUGAUCUCAGCCAGUAUAUGAUGUUAUCAAGGUUUAGCUGUAAUGUAUAAAUAACCUGGUGCUUAUAAAUGGCAUAACUAGGCUUCCUUGCUGACUGAGGCUAAAAUGCACAUUUCCAUUUUGAAUACAGAAAAAUCUGGCAGGCUUUCCACUUGUAUCAACAGAUUCCUUUUUUAACCCAACAUUGCACCUACUGUAUAAGUUUGAGAUAAGCGUUUGUUAGCUGGCAGCUUAGGUUUUACUGAAUUUAGCCCAUUGUCUUCCAGAACACAUUUCACAAGUGCAUUGAUUUGCCAGUGCUCUCACAAGUCGAACGAUUAAUAUAGAGAUUAAACUACCUGAAAACACUGUACACAGUAAACUGUCUUUGAAAUGGCACAUAAUGCUGAACACUUCAAAAAGAAAACCUAAUUCUAGGACAUUGGGGCUGAUGAUAAUAUCAGCUUUUUAAAAGUGGAUCCAGCUUGUAGCAGCCUUGCAUGAUUGACUGUGCUCUCUUGUACUGAAGCCAUCUUUGGGAAGUAGUGGGUGGGGCGAUGGAGUGGUAGGACAUUCCUAUUGUUUUGUUUAAUAUUGUGUAAAAAAAAAAAAAAAAAAAAAAAAAUUAUUACCGUACAGCAUUUGCUUUUUUUUUCCACAAAAUGAAUUUUGGAGAACGAUAAAAUAAAACACAAAAAUGAUUCCUUUCUGCUAAAAGAAUCCAUUCUUCUUCUGUCUGACUAUUUCCCACCUUGUUUGCCACUUACCAUUCCAGAUGGGGGGAGAAGGGAAAGGGGCCAUGCACUUUUCAUAACUUGGUCAAGUGACAAUGUGGGGGUCUUUCCUUACUAACUGCAGGGUCUAUAUAUAAUAUAUAUUUUACACCUCAAUGUACACACUUUGCUGCUACUGUUUGUACUGUCUACAACAGAUUUGUUCUUGUUAUCGUGCUCCUGGUAGUGUAUUAUGAACGAGCAUGAAUUGUAAAGUAUUUAUUUAAAGAAAAAAGACAAACUUUUUCAUUAAUUUUACAUCCAUGUAGCUUUAGAGUUUGUGAAUUUUUUUUGACCUUGCUAGCUCUGUCAUUAGAUCCAUGUCAUAGGGUUAAGGAUUUUAAGCAGGAGGGACUAAAAACUGAAGGAAAACUGUAUUACUGUCAGAUAUAUAUAUAUAUAUAUAUAUAUAUAUAUAUAUAUAUAUAUAUAUAUAUAACUUUAUUUCCUAAAGUAUAUGUCCCACAAGGAUAUGAAAAUAAUCUGCAAGAAACUGUUUUUGUACACUGUACAUCCUUAGUAUUUUUACACGUAAAUGUAUAUGAUGGGGAUGCACAUUAUUUUCCUUCUUACAGACUGCUUAAAUAAAGCACUAUGUCAAUCUGCUAA